AGCCAGCUAUCUUCUCCACUCUCGACUCGCCCGCCCGCUCUUUGUUCUUCCUCUCUCUCUUCUUAAUUUUGCUUGAAUUCUCUCUACAUCUCUGCUCUCGUUCUUGCCCAUGGCCGCCUGCUUCGCUCCUUCGCUGUCCGUGUCUGGGGGAUUGAUCAAGGCGUCAGAUCUCUCCUCGAAGUCCAUUACCUUUGGGCAAGCACCAAAACUCGCCAUUCAAAAGAAGUGCUUGAGAACCAACCGCAAGUUAUCUGUUCGUGCAGAGUACAAUGAUGGUAGAGGUGGAGGUGGGGAUUUUGUUGCUGGUUUUCUUCUAGGGGGUGCAGUAUUUGGAACUUUAGCUUAUAUUUUUGCUCCGCAGAUCAGGAGAUCUCUACUAAAUGAAGACGAGUACGGUUUUCGGAGGGCCAAGCGUCCAAUCUACUAUGACGAAGGUUUAGAGAAAACCAGACAGACGUUGAAUGCAAAAAUAGGCCAAUUGAAUUCUGCCAUUGACAAUGUAUCUUCACGUCUGAGAGGUGGAAACAAUACACCAGCUGUGCCAGUUGAAGCUGAUCCUGAGAAAGAAGCUACCAUGUAAAUUCACACCUUUGUUGAUCAUAACUUCAAAAGUUUCCAACUUUUACAUCUUACAGACCAUAUCAUGUCAUAUGCCACAAUUUUUAAUUCACUUUUUUUUUGGGUUGAUCAAGAUCAUUGCUGGGUGACACAGUUUAUUAGCAUUGUUGGAAAAUAUCUGGAUAUAAACAUUUUUGCAGAAAAACAAUUUUAAA